ACUUAUGGCCCAAACACCACCUCUCGAGUUUGCAGCCCACAUCAUCGAGCCUAAAGGGCAGAUCUGGAUCAAGUCCUAAAAAGAAGCCAAACUGUCACCCGAAUGAGAAGACCUGUUCCAGGUGUUACUGAUCACUGAGACAGCAGUAAGAACAGCUAAAAAAGACUGGACUCAUUACAUCAGACUCAGAGGACUACUGGACUCUCCACUCGAGGAUGGACAGUGGCAUAUAUCUCAGACUACAAACCCCUUGUGUCUUAAACUAAAGAAGCAAUAAGAAUCCAAAGGAAACAAGGACACUCAAUAUUACUAACUGAUGAGGUGGUAGUAGCAGAAAUAUCAUUAAUUGUUCAACACUUAUCAGAUUGUGAUGAGACCAAUCUGCCUGAAAGGGUAGAAUGGCCCUCGAAAGGAUUUGCCUGGUAAGGGUUAAUCUUUUCUAAGGAAGCCUGCCUGAAAGGGUUGGCUCCUUAAACAAAGCCCCUAACUUAAGCAAAAACAUCCUGUAUACACAACAAUGAUAACGACACCACGGAACAUAUAUCACAAAAAUGUAGUAAACAGUACCAUAAAUUUUGUAGAUAACAUUUGAUUGAUUUGUAGCAUAUAGAAAAUAUACGUACUCAUAUUGUUUGUUAACCUAUACUGAUGACCUUUGCGAUAUGUACUGACUAUAAAAAGAGCAUAAGAAGAAGCAAUAAACUGUCACUUGCUCAAAGAGCAGUGGUCCGCCUGUCCUUCAUCGUCCUGGAAAGAGCUGGUCUCUGACAAAUGGUGCCGAAACCCGGGAAACUCGGUUGCCUUUGACCAGGGUGAGCUGCCUCCGAAUCAACAGAACCGCGAUUUUCCGUUGACCAAGUCUGAGACUAAGUCUGGAUCCAGCCGCACCUAAGCCCUUUCUAUAAGGUGUCUUAGAAAGCAAGGGGGUCCAAACUGAACCUCGUGACUCAACGGUAGGGCUCCCUCAUAUUCAGCAUUUACAAUUUAAAAUAUGGGACAUGUACAUAGUACGGAAAGACAGCUGUUUGUAGCUAUGGUUAAGACGUUGUUAAAAAGUCGAAAUAUAUUUGUAACCACCAAGCAAGUGGGUGGAUUUUUAGAAUUUAUAGACACUGUGUGUCCUUGGUUUCCGAAUAAAGGCACUAUUAACUUGGAAACCUGGAAUAAGGUUGGUGAAAACAUUAAAGGCUAUUAUGCUGCUAACGGCCCUGAUAAGAUCCCUAUAGAUGCUUUUCCUUUAUGGAUUUUAAUUAAAGAAUGUUUACAAGGUGAUACUGAAUAUGAUAAAUGGCAACGACAAACACGUCCUCGAUCUCGUUCAGCGGAUUCAGGUUUAAAACCUUCUGCUCUUACUAAUCCCGAUUCACAACCCUCUGCUCCACCUGAAUAUCCAUCAAUAAUCAAUAAUGAACAAAAAGAUAUUCAGGAAUCUAAAUUUAAAAAUCCCUUUCUUAUGUACUCAAAUACGGGAGGUAAAAAAUGCCGACCGUUAAAACAAAGCAAGAGCGCCUUGAGACCUAUAGAAUUAUCUGAAGAAUUAUCCUCCGAUGAGGAAGCUGAAUUAGAAAAAGAAGCUGCUCAGUAUCAUAAUGAAGAUGAUCAAGUGUUUGUUAAUACGCCUUUUAAAUUGAAGAAACAGCAAACACUUUUAAAAAAGGAACCUGUUAUUUUACCAGCAAUAGAAGCUGGUAGACGUCCGCCCCCUCCUGACAUAUACCAUCAAAUAUCACCUCACUCACCCUUACAGUUAUCAUUGCUACAAGCUAAACAACAAGGUGAAGAUGUGAGUGGGUUUUCAAAAAUAUUUCAUGCUUAUCCUAUAACAUAUGCUCCUCACCCUACUCAAGCCAAUGUUAGAAUUGCUACAUAUACAUCCAUUACAUUUAAGAAUCUUAAAGAAUUGAAAACAGCUGCUGCUCAAUAUGGUGCAACUGCACCAUAUACUAUUGCUAUUUUAGAGACCAUUGCAGCUGAAGUUCUUCCCCCAUGGGACUGGAAAGGCUUAGCUAAAGCUACCUUAACGGGAGGAGAAUAUUUGUUAUGGCUUACAGAUUUUAUGGAUUCCUGUUAUGAUUAUUCUCAAAAACCACACUUUCGCCAACAAGGAAUUACUCAUGAAAUGUUAGCUGGCACAGGACCGCAUGUUGAUCUGGCACAACAAUUAACUUACCCUGCUGCGACAUAUGAUGCCAUUCGAGAAAUUGGUUUGAAAGCCUGGAAAGGGCUACCUAGACAUGGAACGUCUAGGGAAGAAUUAACUAAAGUCCGACAGGGACCAGAUGAACCUUAUCAUGAUUUUGUAUCUCGUUUGUUACAAACUUCAUCUAGGCUCAUACAAGACACCGAUUCAGCUAUGAUUUUAGUUAAGGAAUUAGCUUUUGAAAAUGCUAAUAAUAUCUGUCAAUCCAUAUUAAGACCUUGGAAAAAUAAAUCAACAUUAAAUGACUAUAUCAGAUUAUGUUCUGAUGUUAGCUCUGGAUAUAUUCAAGGCAUAGUCACUGCCGCAGCACAACAGGGCAAACCUGUUGAGCAAGUUUUAGCUGCAAUGCAAUUUAAGCAAAACAGAAGGGUUGCAGGCCCUCCUGGUAGCUGUUUUCAUUGCGGACAAAUGGGGCAUCAAGUACGUCAAUGUCCUAAUAAAAAGAUUCCAAGUAAUAAUGGAAAAAAUCCAGGUUUAUGCCCAAAAUGCAAAAAGGGUAAUCAUUGGGCUAAUGAAUGCCGAUCUAAAUAUGAUAAGAACGGCAAUUCCUUACAGUCGGGAAACUUCUCAAUGGGCUUGCCCCGGGCCCACCCAAACAAACAGGGGAUGUAUCCUGUGCAGGUGCAAACCUCAGAGCACCAGCUAAACAAUCCAUUUCACAACUCCACCGAGCCACCAGUCAUAGUGCCGGACUGGACCUGUGUUCCUCCUCCCACUUCGUAUUAACACCUGAAAUGGGGGCACAAGCUAUCCCAACAGGGAUAUAUGGCCCAUUACCUGCGGGAACAUGCGGUUUGGUAUUGGGACGAAG